AUGAACAUCGCCCUUUUUUACUACCUUUUUCAGGUAUUCUGUGCAAUUCCCACUACCGUCCUAUCCCAUGCCCCAUCCUCCAAUUCUCUAUUCCAAGUUUCCUCUCUCCCAGAUAGCCCCACAUUACCAACCAGCUGGGCUGGCCGGUUGCCGGUUCCGGGAAGACAAGGCAACGAGAUCUUCUUCUGGUUGUUCGAAGCCGAAGAGCCUGCAUACGAUGAGAACCUAAUCAUUUGGCUAAAUGGCGGCCCCGGCUGCUCAUCCCUGAUAGGCCUCACAACGGGGAACGGACCCAUUGCCUUCGCUAGUAACUCCACUCGCCUCAUUUCCAACCCAUACUCGUGGACGAAGCUGGGCCAUGUCCUCUACGUGGAUCAACCCGUCGGCACGGGAUUCUCGCUCGCCAGCUCUCUCGUCCGGACCAAUGAACAAGUGACAGCGGACCUGGUAGUAUGGCUGCAUGCACUUUUCAAACAAUUCCCACAUCUUCAAUCGAAAAAGGUCCACCUGAUGGGCGAGUCAUAUGCGGGCAUCUUUGUGCCAUACCUCGCCUCUGCCUUGGUGCAAAACCAUUCAUUUCCAAUCAACCUCCACUCCAUGUCGCUGGGCGACGGAUCAUGGGGCAACGCCGCAGCAAUGUCCUCCGUCGCAAUGAGCACAUACAUGCAUUCCCAAAAAUCCCAUCUAAACAUCCCGGAGAAAAUCCUCUCAGCAUUCGCUCUCACAGAUGAAGUUUGCGGCUUCGAUACCGUCCUCCAGGAAGCACGCACAUACCCUCCCAUCGCCAAAAUCCAGAUCCCAGGAAACCCAGAGUUUGUUAACUACCGUCGCCUCAAACGCCGCGAUGAAGGGAAUCUUGGCAUCCUAGACGGAUCCUGUGAUACUGAUCCAUCUACACCCUCUGAAAUCAUCAACUCGAUUCUCAAUUCCUCCUGCUACGGUCCCUGCGCCACAUUCUCGACCGCUGAAAACUACAUGUACUCCCAUGGAACUGAAGGCAACAACUCGGCCUGUUUCAGCAUGUACGACCUCACACAUAGCUGCACAACUAUUGAUUACAUCCCGUUGCUGGAAGAGUACUUCAGUCGAGACGACGUGCAAGAAGCUCUACAUAUCCCUGAUAGCGGUACAUACUCCGCUUGCAACGAUACCAUCCUUGCAACGCUGACGGCAAGUGAGUUCGUUGAGCCGCCAGAGUAUGAAAUUCUUCCUUUGCUUGUCACCAAACACAAUAUCUCACUGCAUAUCUAUGAUGGGGAGAUGGAUAUGCUGAUCAAUCAUGUCGGGGUGGAAUUGUCGAUUCAGAAUAUGACUUGGCGGGGAUUGCAGGGAUUUCAGAAACGACCUAGUCGAGCCUUUCAUGCUGACGAUGCCGCGCCUGCGACCCGGUCAAGGGGAGAGGUGGCAGGGAUCUGGGCCGCUGAGAGGGGUGUUUCGUAUCAUUUCUUUGAGGGGGCGGGUCACAGUGUCUUCGCGACGAAGCAGAAAGAGAUGUUUGCUUUUGUGCGGGACGUUGUGGUUGGAGGGAGGGCGGGUUGA